CGUCGCUGUGCUAGUCCGCAAUUGUUGUGUUGUAAUUUCCUCGCCGGUUGAAAUCGAAUCGAAUCGCGAAAAUGGCCAGCAAAAAGUUUAGCGACAUUAAUCUGUACGAUCUGCUGGGCAUAUCCAUUGAAGCCGAGCAGAAUGAAAUACGCAAAGCGUAUCGUAAGCGCGCCCUCGACUGCCAUCCGGACAAGAAUCCUGACAAUCCGCAGGCGUCUGAACGCUUUCACGAGUUGUCCAAGGCCUUGGGCAUACUCACCGAUGACACCGCACGAGCUGCCUACGACAAGGUGCUCAGGGCGAAAAAGGCCGCCGAGCUGCGGAGCAAACAGUUGGACAGCAAACGCCAGAAACUCAAACAAGAGCUGGAGGAGCGCGAACAGGCGGCCCUGCACAAGCUCCAUUCCAGUCAACCAUACAGCACGGUGCGCAAGAGUGAUGAGGAUGUGCUGCAGGAGCAAAUCGAACGGCUGCGCCGUGAGGGUUCCAAGCUGCUGGAGGAGGAGCAGCAGACCAUGAAGGAGCAGCUGCAGCGCAGCUAUGCGGAGAAGCACAAACCGCAGCAGGCCACAUUCGACUCAGCCCAGCAUCGCAUCAAGAUCAAGUGGAAGGCCGAUAAGGGUGACUACACGCAGGACAAGUUGCUCAAGUACCUAAAGAAAUACGGCGAGGUGGUGGCUCUGGUGAUGAACAGCAAACGGGGCGGCCGUGCCAUGGUGGAGCUGACGACGCGCGAAGCCUGCGACAUGAUCCUGGCCUAUGAGAAGGGCGAUCCAUCCAAUCCUUUGCACUUCGAGUGGGUAACGCCGCCGGCAGAGGAAAAGCAGAGCUCCAAUGCAUCCACAAAUGCCAGCCAUAAUUCGCCGCUAGACUAUGAGGACCUGGUCAUGCGCAAGCUACGACAGGCCGAGGAACGCAAGCGUUUGAUAGAACAAAUGAUGAAGGACGAGCAGGCCAACGAAUAACCAGUAAUUUAAAUCAAGAAAUAUUUAAGCACACAACACAGCAGUUAAGUUAAGUUAAUUAUAAACAAAAUUGUUAUUUCAGUUACAUUUAAAUCACUGUAAUUAGGCUUAAUUUAGUUGUAGAUCAAAAACAACAAGUUGGCAGUUCUUAAAUCACAGCUAAAUUUAGUUGUAAACGAAACGCAACAAGUUGGCAGCCUGGUUGCAGCUGUAGUAAAACAGCUGUUGAAAUUUUGUUAAUUGCAAAAUGCAAAAAAAUGCCACGAAAGAGAAAUAAAACAAAUUUGUAUACCAA